AUGUCCAUAUUGAUGGAAUCUGAGUUUCCAGCAGCUCUUCCUCUUGUACAGAAGAAUUAUUCACUUGAACCUGAUAUGAUUUUUGGGUGAAAGCCAAAGACUUUAACAAAUGGUGGGCCGAUUCCUCUCUAUUUCCAUUAUAACAACUUACCUGUUUUAACUGAUAUUCAAACGAACACAAAAUCAGAAGUUAUAUACCAUGGCUACAGACCAAGGGAUACCUUUGCUAUGCAUAAAUUUUUCACCCAGGCGAAAGGGGCAUACCCUUACGAUUUUUCUACUCCUAUGACAUCAGCACUUGAAUACUUGUCAAAAAAAAUCGCUCAGAAGCCAGAUCCGUCAGGCUGGGCUUUUGAAAGAAUGAAGCCAAAUUUAGAUGAAAAAUGCAUGGUUUUUGAUAGCUUUUUUGAAAGUGGGAAUUUGGAUAAAGUUGUAAGGAUAAAUGACGAGGAAUAUGAUCUGUACAUGAGGACUGAUGCAAAUACUUAUGGAAAUUACAAAUGGUUUUAUUUUUCAGCAGAAAAUAAGGCACCUGAAAAAAGAAAAACUAAUUUUCAUGUUCUGAAUUUUAAGACAAAUUAUAAUUUGAUGACGCAAGGAAUGAAGCCGGUUUAUAGCAAAGAUAAUAAAAGCUGGCAUUAUAUUACGAGCGAUGUCCAAUAUGGAAACAGCAAGCUUAAUAGAGUUUGUAAAAAAGGAAGGUUUUUUAUGCUGAGCUUUGAUUUUCAUUUUGAUAAAGAAGAAAAAGUUUAUUUUGCAUUAAGCAUUCCUUAUAGGUAUUCUGAUUUAAUCAAUUUUUUGAAAAUUAUGCCACGCACAGUUACCCAAGAAACUUUGUGUAAAAGCUUAAGUGGAGUCGAUGUACCGCUACUUACUAUUACAGAUUUAGACACACCUUAUAAUGAAAAGAAAUAUAUAGUUGUGAUUGCGAGAGCACACCCAAGCGAAACCGUUGGGUCUUGAAUUGUUCAGGGACUGAUUGAUUAUUUGUCUAAAAAUGAGAGAGCUCCGAGGAAGCUGAAAAAAAGAUUUAUUUUUAAAAUUAUACCAAUGACAAACCCAGAUGGUGUGAUUAUCGGGAAUUCAAGGGUAAAUUUAUCAGGAGAUGAUCCUAAUAGAAUCUAUAGCGAGCCUAAUUCCGUUAUACAUCCAAUCACUUGUGCGAUUAAAAAACUGAUAGAAGGACUCUGCAAUUCUCCGCAAGGAGUUUUGGCAUUUUUUGAUAUUCACGGGCAUUUCAGAAAAAAAGGAAGCUUUAUGUAUGGCCCACAUUUUCCUCUACAUUCUGAAAAAUAUUGCCGAGUCCGAGUAUUACCAAAAUUAAUCAGCGAACAAACUCCUAUGUUUCGUUAUUACUCCUGCAAAUUUCGUGCCGAAAAAUCAAAAAGACAAGCAGCAAGGCUAUUUUUUUCAAGAGAAAUGGGCAUCUCAAAUUGCUAUACUUUUGAAAAUUCCUUAUAUGGAUAUCUAGAUGAACAAAGAAAUACACAUAUAUAUACUCUCAAGCAUUUAGAAACUUUAUCCCACCAUUUAAUAAAUGCAAUUUAUCAAUUUCACUUAAUGCAAGUCCAAGAAGAGCAAGAGAAAGCUGCAAAGGCUCAGAAAAGAAAAGAGAAAAAGAAAAAACUGAAGAAAAAGAAGGAAGAUUUAAAAGAUUCAUUGCUAAGAGCUCACGAUAAACUAAGAACUGCCCCAACUGCUAUUGAAGUGAAAAGAAUCUUUAGGAACAGAAAUGAUGCACCUAUCCAUACAAUGAAAGAGCUUAUAACUAUAAUAAAACAAGAUAAAAAUGAAGACAGUUCAUCUGCAUCUUCUCAGUCUGAAUCUGAAGAAAAUGCUGAAGAGAAUAUUGAAGCAAGAAAUAUCGUGAUUUCUGCUAUAAAAGAGUUUGAUAAACUUGCUGACACAAGGGUCAAUAUUAGAGAAAUGAUCUAUAAGUCAACAGGAAAUAUCUCUCAAAAAGUUGAUAAUAGAAAAUCAAGAUCAAAGACUCCUGGCAAAAAAGUGAGAUCAAGCUCUCUUUUAAGGCUUAGUAGUCCACUUAUUCCUCAUUCGGGCAAUGGGCAAGCAUAUUUUAAAUUUUUAUUUUUAAAUUGAUCUAUAUUUUCUAGUAAAUAAAUUUAUAGAUUUAAGUUAGAAGUUUUGAGUGUAAAAGGCUGCCUUCGGUCAGAAGAAAAUCAAAGAAUUCAGAUGAUAAUAAUUUAGAGAGCUCAAUAAGAGUUUGCAUACCACAUAUUGAUAAUUUUGAGAAAAGUGAACAAGUAUCAAGAUGCCCUGGAUCAGACCCUUCAUCUCCAACCAGGGAAAGAAUUGAUUCAAGUUUUGACAUCAAUAAACGAAUAAGAACUCCACACUUCGCACAAAGCUAUUUUGGAAGGAAUCAAAGAAUGAGGCAUUUAAAGUCAAACAGCAGAGAAGAGCAUAAAAAUCAAGUCACAAUGAUAAAUUUGGUUGAUAUGAUAGAAGUUGAAGAGCCUGUUGCAAAAGUACGAAAAAAGCAGAUGCCAACUAAAAACGAAAACGUUGCAAAAUACCAUAAGUUUGGCCCUUUUCCAUCACUAGCACUAUUUAAUGCAAAAACAGCGCAAUAUAUGUAA